CACCAUCAUAGGGCUCUCAAUCACAUCAGGCUUCACCUGAACGAUCACAGUGGUGUGUUUGGAAGAUUUCGUUGAAGAUACAGGGUACCGUCACUUAACGAGAACAUGGGCUGUCGUAUUGUUGAUCUGCCCACCUCAACAAUUAAGAUGGAUGCAGAGGAUAGUGAUCUUCGACUUUGCUUCAGAAUAACAUCCCCAUUGAAAACUUACACAUUGCAGGCCACCAAGAGACAGUUCUGGAAACACAACGGUCGAAAAGAGAUAACUCUGCUAAGAAAAACACGAGAAAAAGCUACAAGGCUCGGGACAAACAUUUCGAGAGACUUUAGAGAGAGAGGCUCCACCUUCUCUCUAGAAUCUCUCUCCUUCCCAUCUUCUUCUUCUGAGCUUCUGGCUGUGCCGCCACCCUUCGGGGUGGCUUCUCUGCCACCUCUCGUGUGGCCUCUCCGCCACCCUCCGGUGUGGCCUUUACCUUUCUUUGCUUUUGUUUAGUUUGGUGUGUUUUUUCUCCUUUGUUUUUCUUGAUGUUGGCCCAGAUCUCCUCAAUCUCUCCUCUCCCACUCCUAUACAGCCAUUGCACCUCUCUCUCCCUGUUCUCCUCUCAUCCACCCACCCCCCUUCAGCCCACUUCUCUUCCUCUUCCAUGAACUCUUUAACCCUAAACCACUUCCCUUUUCCUAGGUUCUGCUUGGUUGUCUUCUGGUUUGUUGUUGCUGUUCAUCUCCUACACUCCAUCCUCAAAUCAGAGCCUUUGCUCUGGAGGCGUUGGCUCUGUAGUUUAAUGGUCAAUUUUGACCAAUCCACAGAUCGCUUGAGCUUGAUGCACGGUGGUGGCUCGCUUCCCCGAAUCCACGCUCUUCAGAUCUCCUUUGUCGGUUCUCAUGGACCUUCCUCCACUGGCAGCGACGGCAGAUCGGGUGGCAGCAGUGGCGGCUGCUUAGUUCUUGGGUGUGAUUUUAGGGUUGUGUAUGUCUUAGGGUUUUUUGUUGUGUUGAGCCUCAAGUCUGUGUAUUUUGGUUGGGCUUUUAUUUUGUUUGUUUGUGCUUUUGUUUUUUUUUUCUGUUUGUUGUAUUGGGCCUGUUUGUAAUUUGCUAAGUUAAUGGAAUUUCUUUUCCUUCGACCAAAAAAAAAAAAAAAAAAAAAAAAA